ACACACUGGAAACACACACGUACACACACUCCCUAUCCGAGCCGGACAGUGCAGCUCCUGGUCCGGCAGCCCGGCAGCGGAGGACUUACCCAGGCUUCCAGGCUCCGCAGCCCGCUGUGACAGUGGACCUAACGUCGCCUUACUUUGUGGACAUGGGAGACAUGGGGGACCCGCCGAAAAAGAAGCGGUUGGUGUCUCUGUGCGUGGGCUGCGGAAACCAGAUCCACGACCAGUAUAUCUUGCGGGUCUCUCCGGACCUUGAAUGGCACGCCGCCUGUCUCAAGUGUGCCGAGUGCAGCCAGUACCUGGACGAGUCCUGCACGUGCUUCGUCAGGGAUGGAAAGACUUACUGUAAACGGGACUACAUCAGGUUAUACGGGAUUAAAUGCGCUAAAUGCAACAUCGGCUUCAGCAAGAACGACUUCGUUAUGAGGGCCCGUUCCAAGGUCUACCACAUUGAGUGUUUCCGCUGCGUGGCCUGCAGUCGGCAGCUCAUCCCGGGGGACGAAUUUGCUUUGCGAGAAGACGGGCUCUUCUGUCGAGCAGACCACGAUGUUGUGGAACGGGCCAGCCUGGGCCCCGGGGACCCGCUGAGCCCCCUGCACCCCGCCAGACCGCUGCAGAUGGCAGGUAGGACUGCUGCUGCUGCAGACCGGCACUUCAGCUCACACGCAGAACCAAUCUCUGCCCGUCAGCCCGCUCUGCGGCCUCACGUACAUAAACAGCCCGAGAAGACCACCCGGGUCCGGACGGUGCUGAACGAGAAGCAGCUGCACACGCUGCGGACCUGCUACAACGCCAACCCGAGGCCCGACGCUCUAAUGAAGGAGCAGCUGGUGGAGAUGACCGGCCUCAGCCCGCGAGUGAUCCGGGUCUGGUUCCAGAAUAAGCGGUGCAAAGACAAGAAGAGAAGCCAACUCAUGAAGCAGCUACAACAGCAGCAGUCCAGCGACAAGACGAACAUCCAGGGAAUGACGGGAACCCCGAUGGUGGCAGCCAGCCCGGAGCGGCACGACGGAGGCAUCCAAGCCAACCCGGUGGAGGUGCAGAGCUACCAGCCGCCCUGGAAGGUGCUCAGCGACUUCGCGCUGCAGAGCGACAUCGACCAGCCUGCUUUCCAACAACUGGUGAGUUUCUCGGAGGGAGGACCGGGUUCGAACUCGACGGGCAGCGAAGUAGCGUCUAUGUCGUCUCAGCUUCCAGAUACGCCGAACAGCAUGGUCUCCAGCCCCAUCGAGGCCUGAGCCGGCGCUGCGUGGACAGACACACACAGCCCCUUUCAUAUCACCCUUCUCGACUGCACCAAGCAACCCCCUGGUUGUAUUUUGACACUGUGAAGACAAUCAUGGGAUUUACCACAGUCACACAUUCUAACGUCCAGAGGAGAUAACGCGACGAGUCCUCGCGGUCGGUCGGUGCUGCCCGUUUGCCAAACAGAGAAGGCAUGAAGCUGGCUUCACCGAUGAACGGGACCCGGCGGCGAGGAGAGAGCUCGAGAUUCUCUGUACUCGCGACAUGCCGCACGCGACUUUCAAUAGAAACUGUGUUUUUGUUUUUUUAAUUCGACACACGCACCUCGUCAUAUAGUCAUAUAAUAAAUGACUGUGUGGGGUGUGGGCGGGGGUUCUCCAUUAACUACAUGAUUUUCUUAAAGACCCAAGUACUAAAGCAUUUGCAACAAGGUAUACCUCUAUUUUGCCACAAGCUUCGUGGGACAUUUGUGCGAGUUAGUGUCCGUCCAACAUUUUUUUUCUUCCCCAAAGAUGUGUAAAUUAAUAAUAACUUAAAAAAUACUGUUAGCUCCGGAAGGAAAUGUUUUGUUUGUUCCCGUGCAGCAAGAUUAUUUAUUAUUUAUUGUCAACAAACUUGCCACCUUUUGUGUAACUUUCUUAACUGAAGUAAAAAAAAGAAAGAAAAAAACCCCAAGGCGUUUGGUCUGUCGCUUGUUUGUCGGAAUCAACAAACAAAAUGACAAUAAGGAGUUUACCUGCACGUCUGACGCGUGUUUCUCUGUGAGCGGACACACAUCAGCUCUGGUUAAAUGCCUGGAUGGAUAGACUGUGGUUAAUUGGGUGUCAUGUUAGUGCAGAUGCUGUGUCAGGUUACGUAUACUCUGCUACCUGCUGCAGCGCAAAGUGCACCGCUAAACAUCUCCAGCCUAACAAAACGCCCGACCUUUAAAAUCUUCUUCCGUCUAAAAUGUGCCGCGUGUAUCUUCAUUUGUACGCAUAGCUGGAUGAAGUUUUAAGAGACACGGCCACACUGGGCACUGCACACGGUGCCAUAACGUGGCCGCAACAGAAAAAAUUCUACUUGUUUUAAGAAAAGUCCAAAUUAAAAACACUAAAGCUAUUCUUACUAUUCCCUUUGCCAUUAAAUAACCGAGUCAAAAAGAAGGUGACAGAACCCACAAACGCACACGGUGCGUGCCGUGAAUUUAAGCUUUCAGUAUUUGGACAAAUGUCCAAAGCAGUCUCAGGGUUUUGUAAACAUCGCUGUUCUAUAAUGUUUCAGUGUGGAUCAAACUGCAGGUUUUAAACAGUGUUUGGGUUUAUUAUUUGGUGUAUGGGAAUGUGUGACUGCAUGGCUGCGGUGCGGGGUGCUCAUAGCAAACAAUAUCGACUUGUCUGGAUUAUACAGACACUCAUUGUUUUCUGUUUGACAUUAAAAUGUAUGGAUUUGUUUUUGAACAAAAACCCGAAAACAAACAAACAAACAAACAAACAAACAAACCAAAAACACUGUAAGAAAUGUAACAUCUAAAAAAACAGGAAUCAGCAUUUUGUCCUAACGGCUAAUGUUAUGAUUUAGAAACGAUAUAUUUAAUAUCUGAAUGAUUUCACUAAUUUCUAAUAUUAAUUACACAUGUGUCUAAAUUUGUGAAUGAGAGAAAGCUAAUUGUUUCUAAAUGCAGGUUGUAAUUCGUGCAUAUUAAAAUGCAGUUCUGUCCUUCAUAGCUGGGACGUACAGUAUAUGAUUAAAAGUCCAAGCUGUUAUUACAGGGAUGGCAGUGAACAGAAAAGCCAAGUUACAGGAUGGUUUUCUUGAUCAUUUUGCAUUUUACUCUGCAUUACUGAUCGAGCAUUUUUAACUUAAAUGUAGCAAUAAUUCCCAAAAUCAAAUUAAGAAUAAUGUUGGUAGCAGCUGCCAACCACAGCAGCUUCCAUGCUCUGUGUCAUCCGAGUAGAGUGACUGUUUAUGUGGUUAUUGCUUUGGCUUGAUGGCGAUUUGGAAACAUCACCUUGCUGAGUUUGGGAGUCUUCAGCAGCAGGUGUAAAAGACAGUUAUCAUGGUUAAACACCCAUACGUUCCUGUGAUGUCUUUCUCACCUCCCAUCUGUGGUUGUGCCAGACUGUAUUCACAUGAACACCAGGCAUGUUCUCGUCAAACUUUGACAGCCCAAAACAUAAUAGAAACGCUCAGUCUAUACCUUACAUGCACAGUAAUUAUUCAGCACAUUUUCUGAGUCAUUAGCUUUGUUCAGACUAAAGAAAAGCUUUGCCUCAAAGACCAGAGUCAUAUUUCAAUUUGACCACAAAUGGCAGAUGGUAAGAGUUUUACAUAUAAUAAAGUGGGUUUUUUAAAGAGCUGUUAUGUUUGCAGUGGGUAGAGAUGGAGCAGAUAGAAGGGAAGCUAAGCACCAGCACAAAGACUUGUGAUAACGUACUCUACAGGUUUGUCUGGCUCAGGGACCGUAUUCAGAGCUGACGAGGAACAAAAGCAGCAGUGUACCUUGGGCAGGCUGAGGGAAAUAAUUGCUGGCCUCUGGAUGAGACCACAUUGAAUUGGCAUGGGAAAUGAGCAAGGGAACUAACCCUCCCAGAAAUGUGGCGCCUGACCUCUCAGAGGCACCAAGGUUAGAAGAAAUAGGAAGUCUGACAGAACGACUGGUCACAGGCUUUAAGGAGCUGAUGCCACGUUUUCUUUAAUGACAGAAACCUACAUCUGUAUAUUUAAUAUGUGUUUUCAACAUAACACUGUCACUUAUUAUCCAAAUUGCAUAAAAUUCUGGCAUUAACACAACUCAGAAAAUAUUUUGUUAAAUAUGUGCAUAUUUGUCAUUUUGGAGAACUGAGUCCUUCCAUCUAAAAUCAUCAAAAUUUUAUAACAUUUAUUCAGCUGAACCCUCGUCAGUUUGCCCAAAUGUUUUAUGGUCCAGAGUCUGAAUAAAUUGCUGUGAAAUGUUAGCAUCAUAUCUCAAAUACUUUUCAAGAUAUAUGCUUUUUUUGGAAAAUGGUCUGCAAAUGCAGCUCUGAACAUCACAGUCGCAAAAACUAUUAAAGAUAAAAUACAGAAUUCUUCACUUGCCUUUUGUUCCAGGACCGGUAGUUUGGGGCAAAUGCAUUAACAAUGUCUAAAUACUGACUAGUUAUGAAGAAACAAAAUCAAGCUGCCCAAUAUUGGAGUGCACACUAAAUACAAAACUUCACAUCGCAAAAGACACAAAGUGACAGUGUGUGGAUGGUGCAAAAGAAAAUAUAUAUUUCAUUUUAACAUCGAAUUCUUAGUUAUAAAAGUUACAAACAUGGUAUUUUCAUUCAAAUUUCAUGCUGGGUUGUGUAAAUACCACAAGUUGUACUACAAAUAAAAAAAAAAACAGUAGAUAGUCUAAACUGGAGUAUGCAGAGGGUACUCUAAUCAUAACUAAGAAAAUAAUUUGGUCAAUAUUUAUUUAAUUCUUUGUCAAAUCAAUACUUUGACUACAUGGUCUCUGAUUUCCACAAACAUUUAAUGGUGCAAAGUUAGAAGAGAUGUGUAUAUAUAUGUAUAU